UAAAAACUAUCAAGUAAAGAAAAUGUAAUGUCUUAUGUUUUGUUAAAAUGAGGACGUAUACUUUAUGUUGCAAUAUAAAGGGCGUUUCUCUAUUUAAUACAAUUAUGUGAAAGAUGACAGUGAAAGCGCGAAAAGAUAUUUCCAUUAUAAAGAGUAAACAAUGAGUGACCUUGAACCUAACGAAUAUUUGCGGCUCUUCAAAUGUUUACUUGAUACAGCAAAAGGGAUCGUGUGUGCAUUCACCCAUGACAAACUUCUAUCAAGUUAUGAGGGAAGUUUCCAAAAAUAUCUUGAAGACAAAAAACAUUUCUUCUAUCAUCAAUGGCAGGGUACACAAUCUCCUUGUUGUGAUUGUUCAUCUGAUGGAUGUACUUUUCAAAUCAUUUGUGCGAUGGAAAGUUGGAUGUUCAAAAUUUUGUACAUGGAGACCACCAUGGGAAAGACGAGUCACAUUUUAAAACAUGAAGAAGGAAAACAGCAGAAAUGUAUUCACAAAUAUUCAGCUUUAAACAUUAAAAUCGAUAACUUAGAUAUAUGUCCACUGAAUUACAUUUUACGAACUACAUGCAUUUUAUCAACAAAAGAACAGGCUGCCUUGGCAUUGAUCGAGGAGAAAAGAAAUAUCUUAUGCCAUGCCUGGUCAGCCAAAUGUUUGUCUACAGCUCAAUCAUCAAAUAUAUGGAACGACCUGGAAAGAGCUGUUCUCUGUUUAACAAAUCCAUAUCUAGUGAAAAUUAUAACAGAUCAAAUCACAGUCAUCAAAUCAUGCGAUGUUACUAUGGAAGAGAUAACUGAGUUUACACAGAAGAUUAGCAGAAUGAAUAAGGUUUUAGAAUAUAGGGAAUCAUCUGCCGGUAACGAUUAUGACAACGUUAUGGUUAUGGAUCAUACUAUAGGGAAAAUAUCUGACCGGGAUGAUCCUGAUGUCAAGGAAAUUGAUAAGACUGUCAAGAUAGAAGCACUUGAGAUACCUGCACCAGUUAAAGAAGAUAAAAAGAAAUGUGACGAAAAUAGAGAAUCAUAUUCCGGUAAUAAAUAUGACAACGUUACGGAAUGGACCAAACAUAUAGGGGAAAUAGCUGAUCGGGAUGACCUCGCUCUCAAUGAGGUAAAUAAGCCAGUCAACAAAGCACCACAUGGGAUACUCACAACAGUUAACAAAGAUCCAAAGCAAUGUGAAGGUAAUGUGUUAAGGUUAAAAUAUCAUGAAUAUGAAAAUGAAAGUUAA